AGUCAAUCAUUGUAUAAUUGCAUGUACUGAGCAUAUAUAUAAUUACAAUAUUGGCUUGUCGAUACAGUGGUUUAACAUGCAGCGUUUAGUAAUUUCCAGAUUUUAUUUUGUAAUAUUUUUAAUCAUCUUUUCCAUUGGAAAUUUGCUUGCAAUGGAAACUGACGAAGAUUCUAUCCUAAAUUCGACAUCAACCACUUCCACCGAUCUACCAUCAACAACAUUCGUGUCCCCAUCAACUGCUAAUAUUACCGUAAAUAUACAAGUCACUACCGAAAACAUCGACCCAGACGACCCUGCACCGCCAGGGUUCCAAGAAUUUGUUACCAAUAUCAAAACGAAGCUGUCAUCACUUUACGCCAACAUUUCCACUUACCUGAAAUCACCUGGAUUCACGCCCGCUUCCGAAAUCCACGUAAUUUUUACCAACUGCUCUGGCAUUAAUCAUUCCCAGCCGGGAGGAAAGUUUGGCGUAAUUCUUGCUUCCAAUGAUUACUACUUUAAGCAUCAUAGGGAGACUGAUUUCUUAUCCUUGAUAAAUGCGAUGGUUCGUAUAAUUCAAAAGUAUUCUAAGCCACCGUUUCUUGUGUAUGGCAUAUCGAAAUAUGUGGGAUUACUAUUUGGUGGACAGGCCUCAGGAAAAGGGGACAAUUUCUUUCGAUACAUCAAACCGAAUCUUGGGAACAAGUGGAGUAGCAAAAAAAUACGGCCAGCCGACUGGGUCUCCUUUCUCUAUUAAGAACAAAGAAAAGUCUUCGGAAAUGAAGCGUCACGAAGAAGAGGUCGAGCUGGGAAUGGAUUUAAUCCAAAUAUUGAACUGGGAAGCACGAGAAAAUGCCUACAAUGAAACCCAAUUUUGGAAGGAUAGAUUUGGGACAAACGUUGCUGACCUGUGGGAUGAAAUGGUGGAGGCAAGGAGGGAUAAGCUUAUCGCGAGAAAGAUUAAGAAUUGUACAAGAAUUAAGUGAGCUAAUUUUUGCCAAGUAAAAUCAUUAUUCUGAUAAAAUUGGAUAAUUUUAGAUUAUAUCAUUGUCGAAUAGAAUUAUAAAUUUACAUUGUUAUGAAUUGAGUAUGAUAACAAGUAAAUAAUAAAGAAUUUAUCGCAAGAAAGAA